AUGAUUUCUUAAGUUUAGGAUUUGUAUUAACUUAUUUACGACAAACUUGUAAAUAAAGAAUCUCUUGAGCCCUCCUUGCUCACUAGGCUACAUACUUAGAUCUUCUUGUAUAAUAUGGAGAAAAACUUUGAAUUGGAGGAAUUUUAUUAUGAUAUUCUUAGAAAGCAUAUCAAGAAUCAUUAUUCAAUCUAUCCUGAAUAACUGGAAAUACUAAUUAAUAUUGUUUAUUAUCUUGGUAUUUUCAUUAACUAAUAGUAANUUAAAAAGUAAUGCUGCUAUUAUAAUCUUUUUUUUAAUUUUUUGGAUAUAUGUUUCGGAAUUUAUCUAAUUUUAUUACUAUUUUAUGGAGGAAAAAUGUAUUUUACACCAAAAGAUUGUUUGAUGGAAGCUCCGAUUUUAUUUUUUUUAGAAACAUUUUUGUUGGUAUACAGAGAUGAAAAAUAUAUUAGGUAACAAUAAAGAUAUGAAUCAUUUUAUUUAUAACGGAAUCAUUUAUGCAAUUUUGAUUUUGCCAUUUAUAUCAUAUUUACUCAAACGAUUUUAAAAAUCAUAAUAAGUAUAUGAUGAAAAUUAAGAUGAAUUUUAAGAUGCUUGAUAAUAUAUAAAAUAUAUAAAUGACUAAUACUAUCUAACAUCAUGAAAAUGAAAAUAGUCUUAUGGAAAAUAUCCUAAAUAUAGUGAGAUCUGAAAUGAAAAUAAUAAAACGAAAUAAGCUUACAAGAUAUUAAUAAAUUUAAU